UGGCCUGGGCGGACUGUUCCGUAUUCAGUGGCGGAAGCUCAACGCACCCACAAACUGUCGCAAUGUGGGACAGCCGGGCAUGAUAAACUUAGCCAAGCUCUCCUCUGUGCGGUGGGGUGACAAGUAUAUCGCCGAGUUCCUGGAUGUGUCUGAGAAACAGUCACUACAGGAGAGCCGGGAGAAGUAUCUGGCUAAUGCCAAUCUCACAACGGCUAUCUUCGAGUCUGCGGUGGAUGCCAUGCUUGUGAUCGACACACACGGCAAGAUCAUGAUGUUCAAUGCGGCAGCUGAACGCAUGUUCCGAUGGCGAAUGUCGGAUGUGGUCGAUAAGGAUAUCAGCAUACUGAUGCCAGAUGAUAUCGGUGA